AUGGCACGGGUGUACGCAGAUGUCAACCAGAACAUGCCUCGGGCAUACUGGGAUUACGACAGCGUCAACAUCAGUUGGGGCUUGCUGGAGAACUACGAGGUGGUUCGCAAGAUCGGCCGCGGAAAAUACUCUGAGGUGUUCGAGGGCAUCAAUGUCGUCAACUACCAAAAGUGUGUCAUCAAGGUGCUGAAGCCUGUCAAGAAGAAGAAGAUCAAGCGUGAGAUCAAGAUUCUUCAGAACCUGGCUGGAGGCCCGAACAUUGUGGCAUUGUUGGACGUGGUCAGGGACUCGCAGAGUAAGACGCCGUCGCUCAUCUUCGAAUACGUCAACAACACCGACUUUCGCAGUCUCUACCCCAAGUUCAACGACUUCGAUGUCCGCUUCUACAUCUCCGAGCUCCUCAAGGCGCUGGAUUACUGUCACAGCAAAGGCAUCAUGCACAGAGAUGUGAAGCCUCAUAACGUUAUGAUCGAUCAUGAGAACAGAAAGCUGCGCUUGAUUGACUGGGGUCUGGCCGAAUUCUAUCACCCGGGAACCGAAUACAACGUUCGCGUUGCUUCUCGGUACUUCAAGGGCCCCGAGCUGCUUGUAGACUUCCAGGAGUAUGACUACAGCCUCGACAUGUGGAGCCUUGGCGCCAUGUUUGCCUCUAUGAUCUUUAGAAAGGAGCCUUUCUUCCACGGCAAUUCGAACUCGGACCAGCUCGUUAAGAUCGCAAAGGUGCUGGGCACAGACGAGCUCUUUGACUAUCUCGACAAGUACGAGAUCGAGCUCGACGCCCAGUAUGAUGACAUCCUCGGCCGCUUCCAGAAGAAACCAUGGCACAGCUUCGUCAAUGCCGACAACCAGCGCUUCGUCAGCAAUGAGGCGAUCGACUUCCUCGACAAGCUGCUGCGCUACGACCACCAGGAGCGGUUGACGGCCAAGGAAGCCAUGGCUCACCCCUACUUUAACCCCAUCCGCGAUGAGGCCAACCUCCAGGCAUACCUGAACGGCGCCCCUGGUGUUGUCAACUAAGCAGUCGUUGCAAGCAUACAAUACUUACAUGGUAUGAAAUACCAUAAGAUCUGCCUAGUUAGGCCAUACCCAAUGA